AAAUUCAAACGCGAGCACUAAUAACAACAAAGAUGGCAGACGCGGCGGGAAAAAUGCAGCAAGUCUUGGAAUUAUUAUCGAAAUUCUCACUUAAUUCACUGGACAGUGAGUGGACAAAGAGUGUGAUCGAUGCGGACUUUACAGAAGUGGGGGAUCUGCCUUCAAACUUUGAGGAGCAUCAUUUCAGCACUAACUUGAGUGGCUUAUUUAGUGCAGUGAACAAUUCUUUUCGACAUUGGGUUGACCUCCUGCCCAAUUUAACGGAUGAUAAUCACAGGAUGUCUAACUCCACCUUGACAACUGAAGAUGACGACGACAGAUUACACACCAGGUUUUGGACAGAAUUGUCUGAUGACUUGAAGAAGCUGAUGACGCUACUGUUUUACUAUUGUUACAGAGGACAACGGUACGACGCCCGAGAGGCAGAACGGGAGUUUGGUAUUCAGGCGGCUAGCCUCUAUUUCCUGGUGCUGUGUGUUCCCGGCAGCAAUGCCUUCAGGGUCUUCCAUCCUGUCAUGUAUCGGAAGUGUAUGGAAACAAUGCGCCUUGCUACCAAAUUGCAAGUUGGUGCUGCCAGCCCAAAGAAAGGCCGCCAUAGCACCACUGCCCGGGCCAGUCAGCGCAGACACCAGGAAGACCAGAUGAACACAGAGGCUGAGGAGGAGGAAGAGAGUGAGGCAACAAUGCUGACUCCAAGUGAAGCAACCAAAUUGGUACGCUCCCUCAACGUCCUCCUUCAUGAUUUCCUGCGACUGACAGUGAGAUUCUCUUUAAAGCAUUCCCCAGAAUCCCUUGAUGAGACCAUCAGUAUUCUGAUUGAGGUAUCGUGUUCUGAGACCAACAAUGCUGCGGGGAUAUUUGUGGAGCGUCAUGGCCCUGCUACUACCACUGCCCUUGCCUACAAUUCAUAUUGUUCUCUACAAUCUCUUUGUUGCACCAUACAUGGUCAGAAAAAGAAGAUAGUUCUGCUCAUCAUGAAGCACAUCCUCCAUAACAUCCUCAUGGUUCCCCGUGGCCUCUCAGACCUCUCGGGGCGCUCCCUUAAUGUCAUCCGAGAACACUCACAGAUCUUUGUUAAGUAUAUUCUGAUGCAGGUUAAGGAGGAAGCCUAUGAUGGGGUCUACAUCCUCAUCCAACACCUGUGCCUCCAGGUGCCUGAUAAGGCUGAAUUCCGGCAGAAGGCAGCCCAGUCAGUGGUGGAAAUUCUGCGUUUCUUACCAACCCAUCUAUAUGUGCGCCUCAUCAAGUGGUUCUUCAAGUUUUCCCACAAUGAGAAGGCAGGACACCGGCUCUUCAUGCUUGAGGUCAUUUCCAAAAUGCUUGGUGAGGUGGAGCGAAGUGCAGAAGGAUCCCAAAAGAACCUCGAGGAAGUUGUGCAACCUAGAAGGCUUUCAACUGAUACAGAAUAUCAGGAAAAUGAGAACUCAGAUGAGGAACAAGUGGAAGGAGAAAAUAGUUUCUGUGCAGUGCCUGUGGACCAUCCUGUGGAGAUACCUCAUGACCGCAAACUGCUCUCUCACAAAUUCUUGUUGAGUAUAAUAUUUUCACGUUGCCGGGAUAGUGCUGCCUCUGUGCGCUCCAAGGCACUUACACUUCUUGCUGAGUGCACUCUGUCCACCAACCGCACUAUUAUGCUGGCAAUGCAGCAAAUAUUUGUCAAUAAUAAGCCCCUUAUGUUUACCACACCUCAUAUUACUAGUAACAACAUUAACCUUGAGUCACCAGUUCAAGAGAAUGAGGAGGUUGAGGAGGAGGAACUGAAAUUUCCAAAUGCAUCACUGGUUGUGUCAAUGUUGCGUCGUCGUGCUCUUGAUGACAAAGUGACUGUGCGCAAGUCAGCACUUCAAGUACUAGAAAAUCUCAUGAAACUCCACAAUGAUAUGCUCACCCAUCAAAAUCUUGCGGUGUUGGCCGAGCACUGUCGAGAUCCUGCGCUACUGAUAAGGAAGCAGAUGGUAGUGUCCCUAACUACAUUAUUGGAACAUUAUCCAGAGCAUGAUGGUAUAACCACCACUUGGAUUAAAGCUGUGCUGCCCCUCAUCCUUGAUCCAGAGGUCAAAGUUCAAGAGCGAGUCAUAGAGGGUGUGGACCAACUCCUGUUCCAGCGCUUGCUUCCAGCUGGGCAUGCUCAGGAACACACUCCAGGAAAUCUGUUGCCAUGGAAUAUCCUCACUACUCUUACCAAGUGCAGCUAUCACAAGUUUUUUAAUAAGGUCCUUCUUCACUGGUCAAAGAUGGAUAAUAGUAGAUUUCAAGUAGUGAAUAUAGUCAAGUGUCACAUUGGGCAAGAGCACAAUGAAGAAGCAUGGACACUAUUGGCAAUGCUGUCAGGCUACAUCACUAUCAAGAAUGUUGCUUUUGCUGUUGACUACUUUGAGCAACACUGCCAGAACACAGCAGAGGUGGGAUCAUACACUCUGCUGCAAGUGCUGAAGGUACUAAGCAACAGUAUGAAACAUGUCCCUGCUGAUCGUGCUGAGGACCUGCACCAGCAACUUCUCUUACCUCUUUCGUCAUUUUCUGUUGGAGCUGAGCUCAUUUCCUCCAUGAUGGAUGCUGUCACACUCCUUACAUACACUCUCCAUGGUGAUGAUAUAGAAAGUCAGAAAGCCAUUGAAAAAUGGGUGGCUCCAAUUUUGAAGGCUUGUGAUGAACACCUCAAAGAAGUGCUUUUUCAAAGAACAGAUCCACUUGAUGCAGCUAGAGAGGAGAAGCUGUAUCGGUAUCUCUUCACUAUGGGAGAAGCUGCCAUGCUGUGUCCACAAAAAGUUAAUAAGAGGAUGUUUCUGAUGCUGCAGAGCCUCAUAUUCCACCAGCAGGGUCAAGAGGAGGAUGAUUCCCUUCCCACAGUUCCCUCUACUCAAACCCAGUGCUCCCAGCCUACAACCAUCACAUUCACACCGACCAUAAGACUUAAGGCUCUUUCUGUAGUGACACUUGGCAAGAUGUGUCUGCAACAUGAGGAGCAGGCCAAACGCAUCAUCCCUGCACUGAGCCGUUUGCUUUCUGCCACCACACACCCUGCUAUCAAGAACAACAUUCUUUUUACUUUGACAGAUAUGUGUGUCAG